AUGCGUCACCUGAUCUUGUCAAGUCCGUGAUCAGCAGGCCAUCUGCCUUUAAUUUUUAGCAACAAAUUGUCUUUUCGUUUGCUUUUUUCCUGCAUUUCCUCUAUUUGUUUUCUCUCAAAGCAGCUCAUAAAUCGUUAUAAAAUACCUGAGAUAUUGGACGUCUGAACAAGCGUAAGGAAAGCGGCAGUCUGCGAAAGAUAUGCCUCCAAAUUUGUUGUUGAAAAUAUAGUGAUAUUACGAUAAUUUAUAUGUAAAUUUUCAUGCUGUAUAUGGUGUCAUGUCGAAGAACUUAUGACUCAAAAGUACGAAGAGAUAAAGAAGAUGUCGCCUAAACGAAAAUGGGAGAAUUUCCCUGGCAGAAACAAGUUCUAUUUAAAUGGAAGAGUUAUCAUGGCAAGAGCGAAUGGUGUUUGUAUAUUCACAGCAGUAUUAAUACUCUCAACAAGUGCAUUAUUUUUCGCCUUCGACUGUCCAUACCUGUAUAAUAAUGUUUCUCCAGUUGUACCUUUCAUUGCUAUAUGGUUCUUCUUAUUUUCACUUGGUGCUCUUGCAAGGGCAGCAUUUAUUGACCCUGGAAUUGUUCCAAGAGCUACUCAUGAUGAAGCUGAUUACAUUGAAAAACAUAUUGCACUGGAAACAAGCCAGUCCCAAGGAUAUCGUCCUCCAGCUAGAACAAGAGAUAUAACAGUCAAUGGACAAACUGUAAAACUAAAAUAUUGUUUUACUUGUAAAAUAUUCCGACCACCACGAGCAUCUCAUUGUAGUAUGUGUGAUAACUGUGUAGAUCGGUUUGAUCAUCAUUGCCCUUGGGUUGGCAAUUGUGUUGGCCAAAGGAAUUAUAGAUAUUUCUACUUAUUUUUAGUUUCUCUAUCAAUUUAUUGUGUUUAUAUUUUUGCCUUUGUCAUCCUUCACUUAGUUUUAUUAUCUCAAGAUAAAGGCGGUUUUGUUGAUGCAGUUAAGGCAUCUCCUGCUAGUAUAUUGGAGGCUAUCGUGUGUUUCUUUUCAAUUUGGUCAGUUCUUGGUUUAACUGGAUUUCAUAGUUAUCUUGUUGCUUCAAAUCAAACAACUAAUGAAGAUAUAAAAGGAACAUUUUCAUCCAGAAGAGGACAGAACAAUUAUAAUCCUUACAGUAAAGGAUCCGUCUGGGCUAAUUGCCUUGAGGUCCUCUGUGCUCCAGUCCGUCCAAGUUUAUUAGAUCUUCGUGGUGUCAUUGUUCCAGAUCCUAGUGAUUCAGCUGAGCGGGGACAAUAUGGAUCAGUAGCUACAAGUCAAGAGCCUGCAAUGCCAGUUGCUCCAGUUGCACAGACUAUUUACCAAACAUCAGGCAAUAAUGUAGAAAGUAGUAGUGAUGCAGCUGAACAGAGGAAGCCUCUUAUCUCUGAGACAAAUACAAAUCAUGGUGAUUCCUUAAAACAAGAAAGUGAUCGUGGACUUGUUAAGCUCAGUACAGUGUAAGAUAGAGAUCAGCGUAGGUGAGUGUACUCAGUUUAUUCUUAGUUGAAUUAGAGAGGAUACAUUAGUAAUACCGAUAACCAACUUUUCAAGCAAGAGGAGAUUUUAAUGUAUAAUCAUGAAUGAAAUUUUGAUGACAUUCACCAUGACUCAUUCACUAUGAAUGGUUAGGCAUCCAUUGUUCUUGUCAUGUGGUUUGAAACAUUAAUUUUUAACACAUUUAACAAUACAUAAUUUCAAGUAUCUCAACUCACUAACAUUUAAAACAAACCAUUCAAUUAUUUCACUCAAUAGUUUGGGAGAAAUGAAAAAGAGAAUAAUGCUGUGUGCACAAUCUUGAUUAAAGUUAUUUAGAUUUAGAUUAAAGCACUUAUUUUGUUAUUUUUAUCUACAAGAACAAUAGUUGCCUUCAUACUUUGUAGCAAUGAUCUUCCUGACCAUCAAAAAACAAUGAAUUCUUGAACUACUUCCUCCAUCCGGCAUCUUGUAGUUUACUUUUGUAAAUGAUCUAUUUGAAUGGCUUACUACAAAAUGUAUUAUUACUUAAUAUGCAUUAGUUUGCCUUGUAUUAGAUGUUUCAUACAAUACCUUGCUGCAUGCUCAAGACAUUUCAACAAAUAGAAGAACUUUAGACACUUAUUUAAUGUAACUAAGUGAACAUAUCAUUUUAAUUUACUAACUUUAGUAAUGCUUGUUUGUGGAAACAUGUUUAGUGUAACAAUAAAAGAU